UCCAAAAAUGUUCCUUGGUCCUUUUGGAAAGUGAAUGCUUUCGCUCUCUCGCUUCGUCUGCCGCAGGAAAAGCAGUUUUCUCUGGGCUCGCAGAGCAACAAUGGCGGUAGACAGCGUGACAGUGGUUAAGGCGCCGACGGAUAAGCGUCAAUAUCGAAUUGUUAAUCUGCCCAAUGGCCUAACGGCCGUACUUGUACACGAUCCAGAGGUUUCUGCAGAUUCUUUCCCUCUUGUUCCUCCCAAAAAUGCAUCAAACACAGGAGACGAAGACGAGGAGGAAGAUGAUGAUGAUGAAGACGACGAAGAUGGAGACGAAGACGACAGCAGUGAAGAGGAAGAUGACGAAGACGAGGAUGAAGAUGACGAGGAGGAGGAUGAAGAUGAUGAUGAGGAUGACGAGGACGAGGAAGAUGACGAUGAGGAUGAUGAUGAUGAUGAGGAAGAGGAGGAGGAAGAUGGAGUUAUGCAGAAUGGAAAGAAAGUAGCGAAAAGAUCUGCUACAGGCGCAGCUACAGUCAAGAAGGCAGCUGCAGCAAUGUGUGUGGGAGUGGGCAGUUUCUCAGAUCCAUUGGAUGGCCAAGGUCUUGCACAUUUUUUAGAGCACAUGCUGUUUAUGGGGAGUUCUGAAUUUCCAGAUGAAAAUGAGUAUGAUCGAUACUUGUCAAGGCAUGGCGGCUCCUCAAAUGCUUACACAGAGACUGAGCAUACAUGUUAUUAUUUUGAGGUGAACUGUGAAUUCCUAAAACAAGCCUUGAAGAGGUUUUCCCAGUUUUUCAUUUCACCAUUGGUGAAAGCUGAAGCUAUGGAACGUGAAGUACAGGCAGUUGAUUCAGAGUUUGACCAAGUCUUACAGAAUGAUAGUUGUCGUCUUCAGCAGCUGCAAUGCCAUUCUGCUCUCCCAGGGCAUCCUUUUAAUAGAUUUACAUGGGGUAACAAGAAAAGCUUGAUGGAACCAAUGUCUAAAGGCAUUGAUAUGCGGACGAAAAUUUUAGAUUUGUACACAGAGACUUAUCUGGCUGGACGCAUGAAACUUGCUAUAAUUGGUGGCGAGCCAUUGGAUACAUUAGAGGAAUGGGUUGUGGAGAUGUUUAGUAAUGCUAGAAAAGGUGGCCUUGAAAAGUUGGAUUUCCACAAGGAUGGAUCUGUUUGGGAGCCAGGGAGAAUCUAUUGGGUGGAGGCUGUCAGAGAUCUUCAUUUUCUUAAAGUGACAUGGUCAUUGCCCUGUCUGGAUAAAGAAUACUUAAAAAAGCCAGAAGAUUAUUUAUCUCAUCUCAUUGGUCAUGAGGGUGGAGGUAGCUUGUUUGCUCUACUCAAACUAAAAGGUUGGGCAACAUCGUUAUCAGCAGGAUGUGAUAAUGGAGGGUUUGACCGUUGCUCUGCAGGUUACAUGUUCGUCGUUAGCAUAUCCCUUACAGAUUUAGGGUUAGAAAAGGUCAUGGAGGUGAUGGAAUUUUUGUACCAGUAUAUCAAGCUGCUGCGUGAAGGAGCUCCACAAGAAUGGGUUUUUAAGGAGCUUCAAGAUAUUGGAAAUCUAGAAUUCCGGUUCGCAGAAGAACAGGCCCAGGAUGACUAUGCAGCAACACUUGCAGAGAGCUUGUUGACAUACCCGGAAGAGCACAUUCUUUAUGGAGAAUAUGCGUUUGAAAUAUGGGACCCAAUGCUGAUUGAACAUACAUUAAGUUUCUUUACUCCUCAGAAUAUGAGAGUCGAUAUAUUGACAAAAUCUUUUGAUCAACAAUCUCCUGAUGUUCAAUAUGAACCAUGGUUUGGUGCCGCCUACCGUAUUAAAAGCAUUCCAUCUGCUCUCAUGGAGAAUUGGAAAGAUCCUCUCUUUAUUGACCCAGAGCUACAUUUGCCUGUAAAGAAUGAUUUCAUUCCAAAUGAUUUUUCCCUUAGAAGUUCAAAUAUAUCUGAAAACCUUGGUAACAUGGAAAAUCCAAGGUGUAUCAUUGAUGACCCAUUUAUCAAAGUAUGGUAUAAACAUGACCGGACGUUUAAUGUUCCUCGUGCAAAUACAUACUUCUUAAUGACUUUGAAAGAGGCAUACAAAAAUUUAAGGGCCUGCGUACUCACUGAGCUGUAUGUGAACCUUCUCAGGGAUGCUCUCAAUGAGACAAUAUAUCAGGCAAAUGUCGCUAAAUUGGAAACGAGAAUUUCUAUUGUUGGAGACAAUCUUGAAUUAAAGAUAUCUGGUUUUAAUGAGAAGCUACCUACUUUGUUGUCAAAGAUUCUCAAAUUCUCAACAUCGUUUAUGCCAGCUGUGGAUCGUUUUGAGGUGGUGAAAGAGGACAUGGAAAGGAACUACAGAAAUACAAAUAUGAAACCUUUAAAGCAUUCGACAUAUUUAAGGUUACAAAUUUUGCGAGAGCAUUUUUGGCACGUUGAUGACAAACUUGCAUGUCUUCUUUCGUUGUCUCUAUCAGACUUGACAACUUUUAUCCCAGAACUUCUUAGCCAGUUAUAUAUUGAAGGUCUUUGUCAUGGUAACCUUUCUGAGAUUGAGGCUACCACAAUUGCAAAUAUAUUCAAAAACACAUUUUCAGCAUUAGCUCUGCCAGAUGAAAUGCGGCACAAAGAGAAAGUUUUGAGACUGCCAUCUAGGGGCUACCUCGUCUGUAAUGCAAAUGUGAAGAAUAAAUCAGAGGAAAAUUCUGCUGUCGAGCUUUAUUUCCAAAUUGAUCAAGAUCUUGGUCAAAAAUCAACCAGAGCAAGGGCUGUAGCUGAUCUUUUUGAAGAAAUUGCCCACGAGCCUUUUUUCAACCAGCUCAGGACAAAGGAGCAGCUUGGGUAUGUCGUGGAUUGUGGCACCAGAAUGACACAUCGAGUGAUUGGUUUUUGUUACCGUGUUCAAUCUUCCAAGCUUAGCCCACCAUAUUUGCAAGAGAGGAUACAUGCCUUUAUUGAUAAAGUGGAACAAAUUCUGAGUGAUAUGGAUGAUAAAGAAUUUGAAAACUACAAAAGUGGGUUACAAGCAAAGAAAUUAGAGAAAGACCCCUCUCUCAUUGACGAAACCAACCGACAUUGGAAUCAAAUUGUAGAAAAAAGGUAUUUAUUUCAAAUGCAUAAGCUUGAAGCAGAUGAACUAAAGAGUAUACAGAAGUCAGACAUUAUUGAUUGGUAUAAUUCUCACCUGAAAUUAUCAUCAUCAGCAUGCCGUGCAUUAUGUAUUUCUGUAUGGGGUUGCAAUGCCCAUGAGCUGGCAGAUGCAGUAGAGUCAAGAAAAUUAGGUAAUGUUAUUGAGGAUGUACCGGCAUUGAAAUGUGCAAGCGAGUUCUAUCCAUCCUUAUGCUAGUUCUGUGCUUGUUAAGUGCAUCUUCAGGCAGGCCUAUCAUAUUUUAUUUCAUUUUUCUCAGUGCAACUAAGUGGCACAGUCUGUUUAUUGAUAUUUAAAAGUUUAGCCUAGUCAUCACUAUUGGAGUACAGACAUGAAUGUCAGAGUACUUCCAAAGAUGUAAAAAUAUGUCUCGAUCAAUCAUGCUCCUGUGGAAAUUGUUACCGCAGAUUGUUAAAUUUGAAGGGACAUUGCAGGCCACUGUCUUUUUACAAAUAUGAUUGUUAAUAAUUCUAUCUAGAUGAAACUGUUAUUUAUUCA